CCUGCUAAUGUUUCAAAAGGAAGGCUGCAGACGAACAAGAAUAUGAAAUGUUUUCUGUCUUACAUACAACAUGGGAUCAAGUGCUUCCUUUUCUCUUUGUCAAUCGCAGUCUGCAAUAAGUAUUGACCAGAACCAUGUCAAAGUCAGCCCAUUCAGUCCACGCGUGUUUGGAGUAUCAUUAUCAACCCUGCAAAAAAAUGGGAUGACACUGGAUGGCGUUCCAGCUGUUGUACACAGUAUAGUGGAGUACAUAAAUAGCCAUGGUUUGGAACAGAAAGGCCUUUUUCGUAUCAGCAGUUCACUUAAUAAGCUGAAACUCCUAAGAGAAAAAUAUGAAAGGGGAGAGGAUGUGGAUCUCUCAGAAGAGGGGGAUGUUGAGCAGGCAGCUUCUGUUUUAAAACUAUUUCUCCGAGAAUUGCCAGAGGCAGUGAUUCCCGCUUCAGUACACAUUGCAGUUGGUAAUGCCUACAAAGACAAUAAAGAUGAUCCUGCGCUAAACCAUCAAAUAAAGAUGGUUUUGUUGAGUCUUCCCCAGGAACAUUAUAAUUUGCUUAAGUUCAUUGGUGCCUUCCUCAUUAAAGUGGCAUCUCACAGCGAAGUAAAUCAAAUGACCAUGGAGAACCUGGCCACAGUAUUUGGACCCUGCAUUUUUCAUGUUCCAUUUGGAUCCAACAUGCAAGAAGAGCAGCUGCUCUGUAAUCAGAUCCUGUUGCACAUUCUGAGAAACUUUUCCGAUAUUGUGGAAGACAAAGCAGAGGUCAGACGAGAAGUGUACACCGAGCAACAGGUCAUGGAGGUCUGUAGUGAAAUAUCUCCUUUGGCUGAGAGUUUGCCUCCAGAAGAAGAGAAAAGGGCUGAUCUUUUGCAGUCUCUUCAAUCAAGAGAUUUUCUAAUGCCGGAAACAUCAAAUACUCCAGCCCCUGUGCUUUUUGCCAAAUGUUUAGUUCAUUCUCUGCCAACGGAUGAAAAAGUGUGGGAGAUACGUGUGUCUCAAGUGCUAGAAAACUCUCCUUUGACAACUACUGGUACAUCUCAUAUUAAAUCUGAAGUUUCAAGCCACCAGGAUAUCAGGAAGGUUGAUAUAAAUCAUUGGGAAGUCACUGCUGCCUCCUUGUCUGCCAGAGAGCGCAGACGUCUACUGAAAGCACAGGACGAAGGCUGCAGUUUCCAAAACUUACAUAACAAGAAUAAGGAAAACAUCCCAUGCAGCAUCUCCUCUGAUGAUGAAAGCCAGCUGAAGCUGAAUGAUUUUGUACCAUAUACUGGGAUAAAACACACGGAAAAUGAGAUUAAAAUCCUUGAUGAUGAUUCUACAGGAAAGAUACCAGAAUUGCACAGCGGCCUAACUGUAUUACCAGAGCACAGUUACAGCCAGAACACAGAUAUAAAAUUACAGUACGUUCCAGUGUACAGAAACAAAAUGGCACUUCCAGAGCUGGAGCGCAGCCCAAAUAUUUCUUCACAGAAUACAGAAGCAGAGGAUCUGCCAACCAGCAUGGUAAGCCCCCAGCAUGAUACUUCAAGUGACUUUCCAGCAUUUAGAGAGAGCUCCUUCUUGAAGCUGCAGGCCCUGGAAGUUGACCUGUGCUCCACGUUUCUGCCGUCGCAGGAGGACAGUGCCCAGGGACAGAACCACAAGGAGCCGAGCCUACCACCUGGACGCGGUGGCAGGGAAGCUGAGGGCAGUCCGGCGGAGAAAUGCCAAUGUGUUUUUCCUUUCAUUGAUUUCAAAUUAUUGCACCAUCAGGAAGGUAGUGAGGAGGCACUUCCAUCUGUAAGAGUCUUGCAACAUGAAAGUGAUAGCACUGCUGAAGAGAACCAAUCUCCAAGGACCAGCCAGCUCCUACACCAUAUCACUGAUGGUGACAAUCCUCUUCCGUCCCCUCGCUGUCCUAGCCUUACACAAAGCCAGAGGUUUAACAUGGAUCCAGAAUUAGCUCCUUCACCACCUUGUUCUCAGCAAUUUAUAAUGGCACGUGGACUUGUUAGUGCAAGCUCCUCAGAGGAUACAAAGGAAUCUACUACAGUAGCGAUGCUAACAAAGCAUAUCCAGAACCUGAAGAAGAAAAUUAGGAAAUAUGAAGAACAAUUUGAACAGGAAAGGAACUAUAGGCCUUCUCACAACGACAAGACAGCACAUCCAGAAAUUAUGAAGUUGAUGAAUGAUCUCGCCAAAUCUCGUAAACAGUUAAAAGACCUUAAAUUAAAGCUAUCUGUAGAAGAGAUGCAUAAACAUGAAACUGAGCAGAGGGACAUGAAAUCGGACUUAACUGGAGUUAAUGUUGAGCAUCAAGAUGCAGUAGAAUCACAGCAACAGAAACCUUCUAUUGAAGAGACUGUGGAAUGUCUAAUAAAACGUUUAAUGGAGAAACGGCAAGCACUAGGCCUUCCAGAGAAUAUGAAGGAAAUGACACACAAACAAAUGGCACUGGAGAAAGUUACUCUGCAGAAAAGUUUGCUUUAUUUUGAAACCCUUCAUGGGCGUCCGUGUACAAAACAAGAAAGGAAUCUUAUGAAGCCGCUCUAUGACAGAUACAGGAUCAUCAAACAGCUCCUGUAUGCAUCUCCAGCCAUCACCACAAUUGAGGAAGAGGGUUCUGAUGAAGACAGUUCACAACAGAGUCCAGGACCACCUUCCAGAAUAAUAUCGCAGAUUUCAACAGAGGAGUCUUUGUGUUCUCAGGAAGACGAUAAUGAGCCGGCCUUUGUGUCUCCCUUAGACGAGAUGAAAGCUGUUCGACAGCCAGCUGUUCCAAUAUCUCAUUUACAUGAAGCCUCCAUGCCUGAACUGCUAGAACACCUCAGAGAAACCAGAGCUGACAAGAAAAGGCUUCGGAAAGCAUUAAGAGAAUUUGAAGAACAAUUUCUUCGGCAGAUGGGAAGGAACGCUCAGAAAGAGGAUCGAAUCCCGAUGGCUGAGGAAUAUUACGAAUACAAACAUAUCAAGGCCAAACUUCGAUUGCUGGAGGUUCUCGUUAGUAAACAGGAUGCCUCCAAGGCCAUUUGAAAGAUUGAUUUUUACUUUCUUUCUUUCUAUGAAGCGUGUUUGUGCCAUAGAGACACACACUACAAUGCACUUUAUCAGUCACCUUCUUUGGAAGAUGAAGCAAAGAGAAGAUGGCGGCUGCUAAGUACCAGUUCUCUUGACAUGGCAGCGGCGGAGGAGGACGUGCAAUGGGGCUACUUGAUGGUGAAGUGUCACAUCGGACCUUAUUUCUAAAUUGAUUCUCUUUCUGUAAAGUCACGUUGCUUGAAGAAGAUAAUCUUUCUUUUUUAAUUUGAUAUAUUUUUUUGGACCUCUAUGUAUUUUAUCCUCUCUUGCUUGAAGCUUUAUGGAAACGAACAGCACACGCAUCUCACUCAGGGUGAUAUGCAGAAAAGCAUGCAUCUGAUAGAGCCCACCACCUUUGUGCCAAAUCGAAUGUCUCUUGCCUAGAAAGACUGAUGAUUCAACAGCGUUAUUAAUUCAUGGUGGGUUUCAACAGCAGAAACCACCCCCUUGGCAUUUUCAGGGGAACUGAACGGAGGGUUGUCUGCAUCAUCAAGUAGUCGCUUUGAUAUGCAAUGAUAGAAACGAGCCAGGACGAGUGGGCGAUGGACGUGUUCGGCGUUUCUUUUUGUUUGAAUACAGCACUUUAUUUGUACACAAGGGGAACAGCAUUUUAUUUUUUAACCAAAGCGUUUUAAAAUUGUGCAGCUAAUGGUCGUUUACAGGCUUCUAGAUACUAAGAGCCAAAAAAAAAAA